UAAAGCCAAACGAGUAUAUCCUUUUGUCGAACUCUCUAUUAGUCUCUCUACCGAGAACGACUGACCGAAAAGAAACUGAAAUUUCGUUUCUCAAUUUGAUUCCAGGCGGGAAAUCGCUGCAAUACGAAGCUCUUCCCUUUGUCGUCUCCGUGAAUCCAUUUUGAUUCUCGAACACAUCUCUCCUUUGUAUGCAUUGUCAGGUUUCGAUUCAGAGGAAAGUUUUUGGGUUCACGUUUCUGCCCUAAUUCGAUUAGGAAGUUGUGGAUCUUUCUUUUGUUUAACUUCUUAUCUGCUGAAAUUUCACACGUAAAACGAUAGUUCUUCUAUGCAGUUUCUUAUUUCCAGGAUUUUGUCGGCGGGUAGGCUUCGUUAUGGAUUCUUAGUUCGUAGAUGGGCUUGUAUUCCGGGAAUUUUACUGUAAUUGCGAGAGUUCAGAGGAGCGUCCAUGGGUGCCCUAACGACCAAUCGUAAGCGUGGUGAUAGUUGGUCCAACUUGAGUCAUGCUUUGUCGUCUCUUUUCUCUAAGGACUCUGAUUUUCGAUCCGACCUUCACAUCUCGAAGAAGCCCAGAAUUUCUCCUAUCGGUCUCAGUUCAGAGUGGCAUUUAUCUUCGCCGGAUAAAGUCUCUAGAAUUUGUCGGUACCCUGAAGAGGUUCCGCGUCUACCCAGAGAAGUUCACGCUCCUUGCCGGAAAUCUAGGUUUGGUCGCCCGGCCAGUUCGGUCAGAGAAUCCCUGCGUGGGAUUGGUCGAGUUAGCGAGAAUCAAGAGUCUGAUAAGAUGGGGAAUUUUCUAAUUCGCCAAUAUGUUGCAGGGAAGGCCAGUGCUCUACAGCACUUUAGAAAGGACAAGGGACCAUUGAUUGAUGUGGUGGCGGAGUGCUCCAAGGAUGAAAUUGCUGAUGACUCGAGCAUAGAGGAAAUUGAAGUAUUGGAUGAUGGGCGAGAAGGGCUGUCUGUAGUUUCAGACCGGACGUCUCAUAAGACCAAUGCUGAUGUUCUUCUGCGGGAUGCCCAUGCAAAGCUUCCGGCUUAUGGUCAGCAACCGUCGUCUUCUACGGUGUCCGAGCUGACUAAGGUGGAUGAAGCGGGGAAGAUGAUGGUGUCUCUGUCUUUAAGUCGUGGAGCAGAGGAGUUGAGUGUGCUUCCUCACAAAAAAUUGCACCAGACUGCAGAGAAACGGAAUGACAGAAUAUUUUCCUUGAAUUUUCAGAUCAAUAUUUUUCGGACAAAGUGGUCACUCUUCCCGAAGCGUCAGGCGAAGAGACCGGCAGAGGUUGUACCUCGAGAAACUUUUCUUCCCCUUACCCAGGAGGAAGAGGCUGAAGUAUCUCGUGCUUUAUCGGGUUCAAAUUGGCGAAAGGUCUUGGUUAGGCAUGAAAAUUCUAAUAUAGAUAUUACCGGAGAAAUCUUGCAGUGCUUGAGCCCCAACGCUUGGCUAAAUGAUGAGGUCAUAAACGUUUACCUUGAGUUACUGAAGGAGAGGGAAAAAAGAGAACCAGAGAAAUUUUUGAAGUGCCAUUUUUUCAACACAUUCUUCUAUAAGAAGUUGAUUAGUGGGAUAAAUGGUUAUGAUUUCAAAGCUGUGAGGAGAUGGACUACCAUGAGGAAGAUCGGGUAUAGCCUUAUUGAAUGUGACAAAAUAUUUGUUCCUAUCCACAAAAAAGCGCACUGGGUCUUGGCUAUUAUCAACAAAAAGGAUGAAAAAUUCCAGUAUCUUGAUUCAUAUAAAGGCAUGGAUCCCCAAGCGCUAGAAGUACUGGCCAGAUAUUUUGUAGAUGAGGUUAAGGACAAGAGUGGAAUGGACAUUAAUGUAAGCUCUUGGAAGCUCGAAUAUGUUGAUGAACUUCCUGAACAGCGGAAUGGGUGGGACUGUGGCAUGUUCAUGAUCAAAUAUAUAGACUUCUACAGUAAAGGUCUAAGGCUCUGUUUCAAUGAGGAAGACAUGCCCUAUUUCCGGCGGAGGACUGCCAAGGAGAUUCUAAGGUUGAAAGCUCAGUGAACCAUAAGGAGCUAAUCUGUUUAAUAUUCAGGCUUUGGACAAUAUGUAACUAGUAUGGAAAUUGGUCACCAGGGAAAGUGGUUCAAAGAUGAACUUGUGUUGCCAGGUUGAGAAUGGACAAGCCUGUUUGUAUACAUGGAAGCCCUAGAGUAGGUGCCAUGCAGCUCAAGCAAGCCUUUUCAGUCUUCUGAUAGCACAAUCUGACUGGUACUGAGGAUGCUUUAUUUUCUGGCCUUCAAUGAGAUGGAUUUGCUUGCUUGUAUAUAUUGGGCCGGGUUACUGUUUUUGUUUUGCUUCGCGAGGGUCACCAACCCUCCCCUCCUCUUCCCCCUCAAUGAUUCUAGCCAUUUUUCUCUGGAAUUUAGUUUGUUACCAGUCCCCAAUUGUAAUGAAAAAUGCUGCAUUUUGGGAAAGUUCAGGGAAAGGUUGAUGUAAUGUUGAAAUUUUGUCGCUACUGUAUGCAUAUGAAUUUUUUUUUUGGUUUUGACAUACAAACUCAGAGACAUGAGAAUCCCCAACUCUACAAAUAUUGACAGUUUAUAUUAUUUU